AUGAAGGUUGUUGAUAAUCAACUGGAUGAAGAUUCUUUAGAUGAGCAUUGGGAUUUACUUGGUGAUGAGGAUGAUGAGGUUGAGGGUGAUGAGGGUGAUGAGGGUGAGGGUGAUGAGAGUGAUGAGGGUGACGAGGGUCAUGAGGUUGAUGAGGAUGUUGAUGGGGAUGUUGAUGAAGAUGUUGAUGAUGGGGUUGAAGAUGGUAAUGAUUACGAAGUAAUUGAUGAUUAUGAUGAGGAACUGGAUGCAGGUGAUGAAUUGGAUGAAGAAGUAUUUGUGGCAAAUGAUGAUGACCUUAAUGAGGAUACGGAGUUGGAUGAGGUUGUUGGAGAUUUAGGUAAUGGGGAAGGUGGAGAAGGAAGAAGUUCUGCAGUUUAUAGUACCCCUAUUAAGAAGACAAAAGGUACAAAUGGUCCGGUCAUGGCGACCCCUGUUGUUGGUAUGAGUUUUAGUAGUUGGGAAGCUAUGAAUAACUAUUAUCGUUUGUAUGGGGAGCAACAAGGAUUUGGUGUAGUUUGUGUUGGUGGAAGUAUAUCUAGCAAAGAAAGGAAAGAAAGUGGCAAAGAAAGUGGGAAAUCAAAAUCCCUUAAGAGCUAUGUAUGGAGGUGUGAAUGUUAUGGGAGAACCACUUACCGGCGCGUGAUUAAUGGGAAAAAAGUGACUUGUUAUGAAGAACCAAUGGUUAAGAAGAAGUCGAAGAAGUGUAAUUGCCCUGUGAUGUUGUAUGGUUCUCGUACCAGUGAGAAUAACUGGGUUGUGAAGACUGUUGUAAACGAACACAUGAACCAUAACCCUACGCCAAGCAAGUCUAAUCAUAUUUCGAUGUAUAGGGUGAAAAAGAUUACAGAUGUCUUAUUGAAAAAUAUGGAAAAUGAUCAUGAUUCAGGGACGCCCGUUGCACAGAUUUUCAACAACUUAGCAGGAAGAAGGAAUGGGGUUGAGAAUAUAGGAUUUUCGAAGAAAGAUAUUCAUAAUGUUUUGAAUAAGAGGAUGAGACUGAGGCUUAGGGAUGGUGAUGCUGCAGCAAUGAUUAACUACUUAGAUAAAAUGACCAAGGAUAACCAAAACUUUUUCCAUCUGCACCGGUUAGAUAAAGGAGGAAAGUUGCAGGACGUAAUGUGGGUGGAUGCUCGUAGCAGAGCGGCGUAUCAGUAUUUUGGUGAUGUUGUAUGUUUUGACUCGACCUACUAG